AUGCAAAAAUCCUGUAAAGAAAAUGAAGGAAGGCUCAAGUGCAGUGUACCCAAGAGGGAAAAUGAACACUGCUAUGGAGAGCUUGAAGGCCAACAAACGGAAGGGAAUUUUAGGCAGAGGCUGCUUCAGUCUCUGGAAGAAUUUAAAGAGGACAUAGACUAUAGGCAUUUUAAAGAUGAAGAAAUGACAAGAGAGGAAGAUGCGAUGGAAAGGUGUUUGGAAGAGAUAAAAGGUCUGAGAAAAAAAUUUAGGGUUCUGCAUUCUAACCAUGGGCAUUCUCCCAUUUAG